AUGGUGGAAACUAGGGCACAGGCAAAGCUCAAAAACAAAACAGUCGAAAUGACUUCCGAGGCUCCUGAGUCCACCUCACCAAUCACUGUCACCGAGACCGAACACGCGGUUAGGACCUCGACCAGUGGUCCAAUAACGGCGGAUCGCACGGCCGAGUCCAUGGGAGAGCAAGCUGUCGUCGAAGAUCUGAUGGCGAAGCAGGUCUACAGGAUCGAAACAUCCUUCAUGGCCGCAAUGGACAGAUUCUCGGAGCUACGGACGCUUUUUCAGGAGAGGAUGCCGGUGACAUCGUCCGCAACGCCUCCCAGAGCCGGACAGAGAGGCCAAGAGCGCGAGAGGUUCGAGCCCUAA